CCCCGGCCAGCAUGACCGCGGCACCCCCGGCUCGGCGGCAUCUCAGCUCCUGCGCAGGAUGUGGCUGCUGCUGGCGCUCCUGGUCCUCGCCGCCGCCCGGCCCUGGGCCCGCGCAGAGUCACACUGGUGCUACCAGACUCAAGUUGAGCCCUCCAACUUCACCUGCUUGGGGCCAGACAAGUGGGGUAGUAGCUGCCAGAAGGACAACCAGUCACCCAUCAACAUUGCCACUGCCAAGGCACAGGUGGACCCAAAGCUGGGAGACUUCCACUUCUCCGGCUACGACACGAAGCAGAAGUGGGCUAUCCAAAACAACGGGCACUCGGUGAUGGUGUUGCUGGAGGACAAGGCCACGAUUUCUGGAGGAGGACUGGCAGCCCGGUACCGGGCCAAGCAGCUGCACCUGCACUGGUCCAAUGUGCUGGAUAUGGGCUCAGAGCACAGCUUCGAUGGGGAACGCUUCGCCAUGGAGAUGCACAUCGUGCAUGAGAAAGAGAGUGGUACAUCCAAGAACAAGAACCAGGACCACAAGGACGACAUCGCAGUGCUGGCCUUCAUGGUGGAGGCCGGAUGCAAGAAAAAUAAUAACUUCCAGCCCCUGGUGGAGGCGCUGACCUACAUCCCGAGACCUAAUAUGAAUACCAUGAUGAACCAGAGCUUCAGCAUCUCAGACCUGCUCCCCAAGAAGGAGAGCCUGAAGCACUACUUCCGCUAUCUGGGCUCCCUCACCACACCAGACUGCGACGAGAAGGUGGUCUGGACAGUGUUCCAGGAGCCCAUCCAGCUCCACGAGAACCAGAUCCUCACAUUCUCCGAGAAGCUGUACUACGACAAAGAGCAGAAAGUGUCAAUGACAGACAACAUCAGGCCCCUGCAGCCCCGGGGACAGCGCCAGGUUUUCAAGUCCCAGGCUCCAGGACAGCUGCUUCCGCUGCCGCUGCCCACCCUGCUGGCGCCCGUGCUCACCUGCCUGGUGGCAGUCUUCCUCCCCUGAUGGCUCACGUCUGGACACUUGACCUCUGGUCUCAGCCCUUAAGAGGGCUGGGGCCUCUGUCCCUCAGGCUUCCCAGGUUGCACUUUGAUGAUGAUUAAAAUAUUUUUGGAUAUUUUAUGGAAGAAUAAAUAUUCUCCCCCAAAAUAUUAUUAGAUA